AUGAAUGAGCGAGAUGCUGAAGAUGCCUACUAUGAAAUGCAUGGACGUAGAGUUUAUGGACAUGCUUUAAAUAUUCAGUGGGCCAAAAAUGCACCUUCGAGGUCUUGGAGAUACGAAGGUAGUAAUAGAGGUUCUCCCCGUAGAAGUCGCCGAUCCCCUACUCCUCCGCGCCAUAGAAGACGUCGCUCAUAUACUAGAUCUGUGAGUCGUACCCGAUCUCGUUCUCGUGGACGCAGCCGCUCUCCCCGUUCUGACACACGCCGUAGUCGUACGAGAUCCAGAAGUCCUAGGAGCCCUGAGAGGGGAGAUCGAACCAAUGGAGAUGAACGCAUGGCUGAAGAUAGAAG